UCCUCCACUCAUCAUCACCAUCCUUACCUCCGAAUACCCACAAAUAUAAUCCGACACCGACCAACUGCCCAACACAGUCCCACCCCCAUCAAAAUGGGAAUGUGCUUCAGCUUCCUCCGCCGCUACAUGAACUCCAACCAAGGCAUGGGCAUGAACUCCGGUGCCGGUCAUCAAGCACACCACCAAGGCGGCGACGGCGGCAGCGGCUUCGGCCUCAGCUCAUUCAUCAGCGGCGGCGGGCGGCCACACCACUCCGGAAUGAACGGGAUGGGCGGACAAGGCGGAGGUGGAUUCGGUGGCCAUCAUGGCGGAGGCGGCGGAGGGUUCGGAGGGCCCCCUGGGGGUGGGGGAUUUGGUGGUCAUCAUGGUGGACACGGCGGGAAUGGAGGGUUUGGAGGGCCGGGGGGUGGUGGUGGGUAUGGAGGGGGCUACGGAGGAGGGUAUGGGGGGCAGGGAGGUGGGUUUGGUGGUCCUCCUGGAGGCGGAGGGGGAGGUGGAUUUGGAGGACCUGGUGGGCAAGGGGGGAGAUGGUGA